AUGAAUGUCCAAUACAAGUGGUUCAAUUUAUUUGUUUAAACACUGGAAAUGAAAUUAUUUGUUUACCACCAUCAACCUCAUUGUUCUAUCAACAAAGUCAAGAAGCAAGAACACGUUCAGCACCAACAACUAGUACAACAUUUGAUAUAAAUACAUUAAAUGAUCCAAUGAUUGUUCUUAAAUGGAAUAUGAAUGAUAGUGUAAUAAGAUGUCGACAAUUACGUCAACAAAAACAAUGGUUUAACUUUUAUAUUUCACAAAGUGCCGAUUCUGAUUAUGAUAAAAUAACAUCUUGUGUAUCAAUUGAUUAUCGUCUCUUAUUUAUGGGCAAAAAAUCUGGACUCAUUGAAGUAUUUAAAGUGAAACGAUCAAAAACAUCGUCAUCACCAUGUGGAAUUGAAUUAAUUCGACGAUGUCUACCAUUUAUUGCUCAUCGAUCACCUAUAACAUGUUUACAUGCUAAUAAACAAUUUAGUCUUCUAUUAAGUACAAGUGCUGAUGGAAUAUUGAUCUUAUGGGAUAUAAAUCGUUUAAGUUAUGUUCGUCAAUUUAAACAUGAUGAUAAUCCAAUUUAUUAUAUUUGUACAUCUGAGACAACAUGUGAUAUUUGUUAUUUAUGUUCAAAUGGUAGUUCUCAAUGGUAUCUAUUUUAUUUGACAUGCAACUGUGAUCUCAUUGGAUCACUUACAUUUAACGAACAAAUUAAUUGUGUAUGUUUUACAAAUGCUCAAGAGGGACAGGCAGUAAAUAUGAUUAUUGGUGGUUUUGAAACGGGUAAAAUUCAAAUGUGGAGUACAUGGGAUUUAACAUUAUUACGACAAUUAGACUUUCAUCAAUUAAAAGCAUGUCCAAUUGUAGCCAUAAUUGUAUCAAAAAUAGAUCGACGUCGUUUGUACAUCAGUGAUAGAGAUAAACAAUUACAUGUCAUUGAAACAAAUGGACAGAUUAAUUCACAAAUUAAUUCAAAUAGAUCAGCAGUAUUAAAAACAUCACAACCACCACAAAUACUAUUUCUUACUUAG